CAGUGUAUCGAUCAGAUCUUCUUGGUAUCAGGCAACAGCAGAUUGCCAGGUUUAUAUAUUUCACAAAUACACGACUUACUCGAGUGUAGGUUGCGUCAUUUACAUAAGUUGUACACAUAUACAUUUGCCUGUCAAAUUAGCGUGUAUCUAAUUAGCUUGCGUGAUUAUACGUCCUGACAAUAAACACCAAGCUCAGGGAACAACAACAUGUCGUUAAAUUCCAGUCUGGAGGUGUGGCCCUACGUGGAGCCUCCCACAAUUCUGCCAUACGACUUUGAAAAAUUUGACGCUAUCAAAUGGCGAACCUGGAUGGCGCAGAGCUGGCCCAUCAGCCUCGUCAUUUCUGCCUCCUACGUGACCCUGAUCCUCGUGGGUCAGAGGUUCAUGCAUUCUCGACAACCUUUCAAGUUACAAGGACCCCUCCUGAUCUGGAACUUGGGACUGGCCAUCUUUUCACUCUGCGGCUUUGUUCGGACAUUCCCAGAAUUGUUCCAAGUGAUUUCCGGACAGGACGGGAUGCAUCGCUCCAUUUGUGUUCGGGACACGUUGAACCCAAGCUCAAUUUUUUGGGCUUUCCUCUUCACUUGGUCUAAAGUGGUUGAACUUGGAGACACAUUGUUCCUCGUGUUGAGGAAAAAGCCUGUCAUAUUCCUUCAUUGGUAUCACCACGUGACAGUCUUAAUUUUCUGCUGGGCAACCUACGCCCACUAUGAGCCAAUUCUAAGAUGGUUUGGCGUCGUCAACAUGCUCGUGCAUUUUUACAUGUACUCAUACUUUGCCUUAAGGGCAAUGCAUGUGCGCUUGUGGAAAAGCGUCUCCAUCACAGUGACAACUUUCCAAUUGACACAAAUGGUCCUCGGGAUUGUAGUAAAUUUCUACGCAUUCUGGAUGAAAAGGAAAGGGGUCCCCUGCGCUCGAAGUGACCAGGGCCAAAAUAUUCAUCUCGCCAUGUACUCGUCGUACCUCGUUCUCUUUGCUCACUACUUUUACAAGUCCUAUCUGGCCAAGAAACCAAAAGUGAAGCGAACUUGAAUCAAAAGCACAAGUCACACCCAAGGAAAACACUACGAAUAAAUACUCAAUUCAGGCUGUUAAAAAGCAAGAUAACUAAUUAAUGUAUAAAUAAAUACAUAGUGAUACUGCCAAAUAAUAUACGUUGUUCAUGUCAUGAGUAAUAAAUAAACUAUUAAAUCUAUAGUGCAAGCUUUA